AGAAUGAGACAACCAACCUCAAAUUCAAUGGCAUAAAAAGUAAAUCCAACCACUCCACAUGUUUUGUUUUUGGAGUUCAUCACCAAUUUAUUCCAUCUCCCAACAAAGAAUCUUCAACUUCAACCCAAUCCAUCAUUUCAUUUUCAUUUAUUUCUUCAAUUCUUCUUUCUUUGCACUUCCACCUACUACUCUACUACUAGCCAUGUGCCAAGUCACAACCAGUUUCCCUAUUUUACCUAAUACUAUACUCUGUCUCUGAUCCAUACAUACACAAACUCACUAGUUCCUUAAUUGGAAUUAGAGUCAGCAUAACACAACUAAUUGGUCACUUUCUUCAUCAACAAAAUUCUCUGCCACCCCAGUGUGUGUGUGUCCUCACUGUCAAAAAUUGACUAUUCUCCAAUCAUCUUGUAUUAAAAUUUGGAUUUGCUAAAGAAAACUCUGUUGAAGGGGUGUGAGUGAGGAUGUUAGAGAGAGUGAAAGAGUUUAACAUGGACAAAGUUAUUGAAGAAUUCGAGUUGAUGACUAAAGAUGCAGAAAGGGUUCAGAGGGAAACACUCAAAAGAAUUUUGGAAGUUAAUGCAUCAGCUGAAUAUUUGCAGAAUUUUGGUCUUGAUGGAAGAACUGAUCUUGAGAGUUUCAAGUCUUGUAUUCCACUAGCUACUCACAAAGACUUGGAACCUUUUAUCAAUAGAAUUCUUGAUGGUGAUGAUUCUCCUAUUCUCACUGGAAAACCUAUUACCACUAUGUCUUUAAGUUCUGGCACUACGCAAGGGAAGCCAAAAUAUAUACCAUGGAAUGAUGAAUUGUUUGAAACUACGAUGCAGAUAUAUCGGACCUCUUUUGCCUAUAGGAACAGAGAGUUUCCUAUAAAAAAUGGGAAGGCUUUAAACUUCAUAUACGGUAGCAAACAGUUCAAAACAAAAGGGGGUCUCAUAGCUACAACUGCUACAAGCAACGUGUUUCGCAAUCCAUCUUACAAACAUGCAAUGAAGGCACUUAAAUCGCAAUGUUGCAGUCCAGAUGAAGUGAUAUUUGGUGGUGAUUUUUUCCAAUCAUUAUAUUGUCAUCUAUUAUGCGGACUAAUUUUCCGCGAGGAGGUUCAAUUGGUAUGUUCAACAUUUGCACAUAGCAUUGUUCAUGCCUUCAGAUCCUUUGAACAAGUUUGGGAAGAGCUUUGUAAUGAUAUAAGAGAAGGUGUUCUUAGUAGCAGAGUCACGGUUCCCUCCAUUCGAACUGCUAUGUCUAAAUUGCUCAAACCAAAUCCAGAAUUAGCGAACAUAAUCCACAAAAGAUGUAUAGGAUUAAGCAACUGGUAUGGUUUGAUACCGGAGCUUUUUCCGAAUGCAAAGUACAUUUAUGGCAUUAUGACAGGUUCUAUGGAACCAUAUUUGGUAAAACUGAGGCACUAUGCAGGGGUGCUACCUUUGUGUACUGCUGACUAUGGAGCUUCUGAAGGGUGGAUUGCUGCAAAUGUUAACCCAAAAAUUCCACCUGAAUUGGCAACUUACGCCGUGCUUCCUCAAAUUGGUUACUUUGAGUUCAUUCCUCUCACACAGCUUGAGAAUGAAAAUACUUUCCUUUGUGUUAAUCCUCAGCCAGUGGGACUCACUGAGGUUAAAGUUGGUGAAGAGUAUGAAAUUGUUAUGACCACUCCAACAGGUUUAUACAGGUAUAGGCUAGGGGAUGUGGUAAAAGUUAUGGGAUUCCAUAACUCAACUCCAGAACUAAAGUUUAUUCGUAGGAGUAGUCUUCUGCUAAACAUAAACAUUGACAAGAACACAGAGAAAGAUUUACAGUUAGCCGUGGAAGCAGCGGCAAAAUUAUUAGUAGAAGAGAAAUUGGAAGUUGUUGAGUUCACAAGCCAUGUUGAUUUAUCCAAAGAGCCAGGGAACUAUGUAAUCUUCUGGGAAAUCAACGGGGAAGCAAGUGAAGAAGUGCUUCAUGAAUGUUGCAACUGUUUGGACAAGUCUUUUGUCGAUGCAGGCUACACUAGUUCUCGUAAAGUCAACGCUAUUGGAGCCUUAGAACUUCGAGUUGUUAGGAAAGGAACAUUUCAAAAGAUUCUUGAUCAUUACCUUGGAUUAGGAACAGCUGUUAGUCAGUAUAAAACACCAAGAUGUGUAGGUCCUACACACAACAUUGUGUUGCAAAUAUUGAGUGAAAAUGUUGUCAAGAGCUAUCACAGUACUGCAUUCAAUUGAACAAUAAUAACAACUGACAUUGGUAAUAGUCUGUAAUCUAUAAAGUUGCCUUAGUUUUAGUAAAAAAAAAAGGGUAUAUUUACAUAUAUGCAACUUUCUAACAUUUUUUUCAUCUUUUUAUAAGUAUGGUUCAAUACCUGCCCAAGUAUAUUCGGCUUAGGAUGGUUGAUUUUUCAAUACCUGCCUGAUGUACAAGGUCUGAAGAAUUAACAAAGACUAUGUUGUUUACAUACUAAUCCUGCUUCAAUGUUUACAUACUGAAGCUUGAAUAUUGGGAUAUAGAUCUUGUGUGUUGUUGAAAUAAAUAGUAAAAGGUUUACCGUGAA